AUGAGAGUCAAGAAUUCCGGGAGCUCUUGUUCUUCUACGAGUUCUCAAUUCAGCAACAAGCCUUGCCCGUCCGCUGCGUCACUACCAUUCAAUUUCGGCCUGGAGACCAGCCUGCAGCACUACAUCCUCAACAAGAGUGGCUUGCAAAAAGCUGAGCCACAUAUCGUGACAUCCAUUCAUGAUUGUGAUCAGUCACUCUGGGACCGAAACAGCACCUCUGACUUCCAUAUUUUGACUGUGUCGGGAUACGCCACCGGUUUGGGUCCACCGUUGAGCAUUUCCGCCAAAGAGUUCGAUAAUCUCUGUGCGUUGUGGCAAAUACCAGCAAAGUUGCUAAAGAAAUGCCCGACUUUGGCCGCCGACAUCCUCGAGUGUUGCGUGGAGGAACGUGAUGUUAAUGAUGGCGAAAUUGUGUUAACCCCGAAUGCUUCGGAGCAGCCGCAUCAGAAAUCCCUCAACAUCUUGUUCAGCAACUCAGCAGCGGAGGCGACGUUCUUCUGCCUGCUCAUUUGCGACUUGACCGGCCAGUCGGGCGCAAGGUGCCUCAUCGGCUCGGUCCAAGACGGAGAGACGAAGAAAGUAUUGUCAGAAUUGGAAGGCUGCACCAAAGAUACCCUCUUGAACCCAGCGAUCAUUAUCGGCUUUAUCCUGGCAAAUGUUGCUGAUCAGCUCGGUGUUCUACUAAACGAUAGGCAUUCCAGGGAUGCACUUGAUAUUGCCUCUCGUCUAGGCAUCAUGAAUCCAGGGAUGCGCAACUAUAUCGCUUAUUUCGGUUUUGACGGAGAGCCCGACCAGGAAUAUUCGAAACUUAACGUGGACCUUUACAGCUUGCAAUAUGCCUUCAGUCAGAAUUACCACUUUAACUACGCCAACAUGGUGCUUGUUCGUGGUCUGAAGGCCAUCUUCGAGUCAUAUACCGAUGAGGUUCGCUCGCCGGCUGUAUUCGAGUGUAUCAACGACAUCCUCCGCAGACUUGAAUGCCAGAAGGGGACAGUGGAAUUCUGGGUCCGGGUCACACAGAACCAAAGCCCGGUCUUGUUCAAUCUGAUCAAUCAACGGGACAGCCGAUUGAAUUAUUCUGUUGCACAGUCGGCACGACAGAUCGCUGCGGCCAGCAAGCGGGACAGCUCCGCAAUGAAAACCAUCUCGAUUCUGACCCUAAUCUUUCUUCCGGGAACGUUUGUCUCAGCCAUCUUCUCCACUACAAUCUUUGACUUUACUGGACUGGACGUCGGAUACGGAAAAGUGGGCAAAGCAUGGUGGAUUUACCUACUAUGCUGUCUGCUACUAACACUGAUCACCGUUGGUGUGUGGGCUGGCUGGAUGGUGUCGCGACUCAACAAAGCUACCGAAGAGGAGAAGAGAUGGGGCAGCUACAGAGAAGACUACUAUGAAGCACAGCGUUACAAUCAGAAAGCACCAAACAGACCAAAUCACGAGCAUCGAGACGGCCCGGCAUUUUCCUACUCGAAACCUGCGGGAGGCUCCAACUGGAGCAGCGCUGCAACGAGAAACCGCAGAGCCAGUUGUACCAGUGUCCCAAAGGCGGAGGGUUUUAACCUCCCACCACCGUCGACAUUCCCUACCAGGUUGACCACCCUAGUUCGGACGUUCUAG